CUCCCCCCCCUUCCCCCUCCUCUUUGGCGCGGAGCUGCUAUUUCCAGACACUUCCACCCCCUUCUGUGUCCCCUCCCUCUCCCCAUUGAGCGAUAAAGGUGCUCGGCCGGCUGGGCUGGCUCGCUGAACUCUCCAGUGCAUGGCCCGGCUGGCGGCGGGGGUGCUGCUGCUGCUGCUUCUGGCGUUUCCUUGUCGCUCUCUCGCCGGCGUGCCCAGCUUCCCUUCCUCGAGCGCAGCAUGAGCGCGGCCGCUCAGCCCGUGGUGCAGCCCGGCGGAGGCGAGCGCGAGCCCCUGCCCCCGGGCUGGGAGGUGAAGAUCGACCCGCAGACCGGCUGGCCUUUCUUCGUGGAUCAUAACAGCCGCACCACCACUUGGAACGACCCGCGCCUGCAGGGGGACCACCUCAAGGAAAGUCAAUCAUCAGCAAAUGGUCCGUCUCGAAACAGUCCAAACCAGUCCCACAUCAUAGAAGGAAACAUGGUAUACCCAAAGCUUCGUCCUGGUUACAUCCCCAUUCCAGUAAUCCACGAAGGUGCAGAGAACAGGCAGCAGUACUCCUACUAUCCUGGCUACCAGCCCGACAUGCAGCGUGUCAAAGUGGACACAGUUCCGACAACAAUGCGGGCUCCAUCACCUUUGAGGGGAAGUUUUGCCCGUCCACAGUCUCCUGCUCGGGGACUUGCAGAGGCUGCCCAAAUAGAUAAACAAUGUGGACAGACAACAGCAGCUGCACCAGCCCAAGUAUCCUCCCCUCAUGGAUCUGAGCAGCCUCCAUCACCUGCAUCUUCUGAAUCGUCAACUAUUUCUUCUCAGUCCUCAGGCAGACCCAGCUCAGGAAGUCAUCAGCUCCCUCGUGGAUAUAUUCCUAUCCCUGUGAUCCAUGAGGGAAAUGUUCCAAGACAACCAUCACAAGGCUAUCAUCAGGCACAGAAAACACACUACCCAGCCCAGCAGAGUGAUUACCUUGCUCACUCACCAGUGUUCCACCAAAUUCAGGUCGAUGACCGGGAUCAGAGGCCGCAACGGGCGCAGUCCCCAUUCAGGGUGUCACAAAGGGGUUCCACAAGUCGUGAAAGCUCACCGGCUAGAAUCCAGUCCCCCACUCCCAUUAGAAUACAGUCUGUCAGACCUCAGGCAUCUCAGCAACAAAUGCCAACCCAAGGAUCACCAGCAAGCCUACCACCUGAGGCCAAGGUGGAUAACAAGGCCGGCUCAUCCGGAAUAGAGGUUCCCGCUUCAUACAUCCCCAUUCAAGUCUUCCAUACUGAUGCUGACACAAAGCCAUCUCCACAGAAGCCACCUCCCCCAGCAGAGGAUGUUGAUAAAAAGAUUCCUUGCCCUCCUAACACUGCUCCUCUAGAAGAAAGGCAUAUCCCACAAGAACCUGAAGCACAGAAGCCUCCAGAGACAGAAGAACUUCAAAAGCACCCAGGAGUCUUGAAAGUUGAAGCCAUUCUGAACAGAGUGCAGUCAUUGGAGCAGGCAGUCGAUUCCUUUGAUGGUAAGAAAAAUGACAAAAAGUACCUACUGAUAGAAGAGAAUUUAACCAAAGAGCUGCUAGCCUUGGACUCGGUAGAUCCUGAGGGUCGUGCAGAUGUUCGGCAGGCCAGGAGAGAUGGUGUAAGAAAAGUCCAGAAUAUAUUGGAAAGACUUGAACAGAAAGCAGAAGAUGUCCCAGAGCCUGUACAAGUGGAUGGGUCAUCUUUGCCUGAAAACAAUCCACAGGAAAAAAUGGAUGUUGAUUCUGUGGUGGAAAACACUGUAAAGGAUGUAAAUAACAAGAAUACCAAAGAGCAGAUCAAAGUAGAAAUGCAGCAUCCUGAAUUUAAAGAAGGAGUAGUUACCAAUCUUGCCAAAGAAGCAAACACAUCUGAAAAUGUGACUGAACCAUAGCCACAAGUGAAUAUUAAAGUCCUCAGACUCUUUAACUUAAAGUGUGUGUUAAGUGAUUUUUAACUUGCAUGUAUUACAGGCGCUUUGCACCAAUUGGUUUUUAAUAAACAUAGCAGCUUGGGACACUGUAAACAUUCAAGUGGGGUAGUUAGCAGGGGGGGCAUAAGGAAAAGAAUGCAUUUAUCCUAUAUUCUAUAUGAUGCUCAGUUGUAAAAUGGAUGUUUACAAGUGAAAAAUAUCUUGGGCUAAUAUUGGCAGAUGAAAUUGUUACCCAGCCACAUCAGAAAAAACAAAUCUUUUCUUUCUUUCUUUCUUUCUUUCUUUCUUUCUUUCUUUCUU